GUGCUCUGAGAGAGGGAACGGGAGAGAUAGCGCGCACACGCAUCGCGCUCAUGUGAGGAGAGGGAGCGCGCGCCGUUACUUCAGCAAGUGUCACAAACAGCAACAGAAGUUGUGGACUCGCGAGCAGCGCUGGAAGAUGGAGGCAUCGGCGUGUAGGUGCAUGGAUGUACAAAACACGGAAGGAUUAAUGUGAUGAUGUGUUGCUUGCUCGUGGUGUAGUUCCAUCCCACUCUCCCCACUAGUCCUACCUCUAGCAGCUCGUGGUUUUCUGAAAGUAAUAAUACAGGACCAUACGGUUGUAAAAAAGAGAUCUGUGGCUGAGCUAGCAGGAAAAUUCAGUUGUCAAAUACCCCAAAUGACAGAUGCUGAAGUGAAUAAGCCUGUGAGAAGGAGACCCCCACGCACACUGCAUUUAUCUGCUAGUAAUAAUGCAGAUCAAUCUCAGGAUGAGAAAGAAGCAGGACCAGUUUCACCCAGGAAGAACAGAAACUCUGCCCUCAUUGAAAAACUACAGGCCAACCUCACACUUUCUCCAACGGGACCACCUCUGUUCCCAAAAAGCCCUGGGGCGGUGAAGCUACCCUUGGCAUCUUUCUUUCCCACCACUCCUGGAAGCCCCGUCAGUCCUCCUGCAAUUGCUACACCGAAACAGGAGGAAACUGCCACCAGCUUUGAGAACCCUGUCGAGGGAGGAGUUCUCAAGAGCAUUAACAAGGGCAGAGCUCGACUUUCCAUCAAGCGCCGCCCGCCAUCUCGCAAAAACAGGAAGUCCAGUACAGAAGAAGGAGAAGAGGUGGCCUUAACUCCAAACGGGCAUGAAGGAGAAGUGUUUGAGGACCAAAAGGCAUCUGAUUGCGUCGACACCAUAUCAGUCUCUUCAAAACAACAGACUGAGCAAGAAACUGAAUCAACAGAUGUUGAAAACCAGCACCCAAAGGAGGCAGAACCAGAGAAUAAGGUUGAGACUGUGAAUGCAGAAAAUAAAGAUGGAGGUGAGCAAGAACACAAGACAGAGGAGGUGGAGGAGAAACGUGAAGGUGAGCUGCAGUUAGGCGGAAGUUCCUCUGAGUCUAAAGAACAAGAAGGAGAAUGUGAAGAGCCAGUCGCGCAAGCUCAUGAAAAGCCACAGACAGAACCUGAAUCAACAACAGAUGAGACAGAAACGGAACAGAAAGAAGAAGUAGAGAUAAACCUUUAGAGCUAUGAGAACAUUGAUGAAUAUCUUGAAUAUUUUUAUGUCUGCUUUAUCAACAAUUUUGCUUAAUGUGCAUAUAUUUUUCUAAUACAGCAAGGAGAGACAGAUAAACGCUGGAAACACUGGGUUGGGCGCAGGCCUAAAAAGAAAUCUUUAUGAAGAUAGUUAAAAACAUUGCAAGAUUUUUGCAUAUAGUAGCACAUAAUCAAAGCUUGCAUGAGCUAUUCAGGUAUUUUUUAUAACUUCUUUAUAUGUGGGUCAGAAUGGACGCUUUGUAUUAUAGAAUGAAUCCUAUUCAUUUCAUUUAAUCUCUUCUGUUUCACAAGAAAAAAAGUUAAACUACUUUACAAUGAACAACACAAAGCAGAACUAAAUAUAGCUAAAAUGUGAAUAACUUUCUAUUCGAAGGUUGCUUUCAUAUGUCAAACACUUUUUGAAACCUUCAGAUGCAGACAGUAUUUUUCUCUUCCUGUAUAGUUUCAUUAUUAUUUUCAUAACACAUGUUUGAGCUGCUGGUAGGAUUUUAGUUUUUACAGACUUGUUUGAUUUUGGAUAUACUUUUGUAUAUAACCAUUAUCCCCUAUAGUAAAGGACAAAUAUUUUUAUUCUUUCUAUGUUGUUGAUAGUAUUUUGUUCAAAAAAAAUUAUGUGAUUUUGAAAAUUAAGGAAAAAUAAAAUAUGGAAGUAUCCUCAUUCACCUGUCA